AUGAAAUAUUCAAGAGUUGAAAAAACCCUCAAAGAAAAUGGUUGGGUAAUGGAACGUAUGAAAGGGGGUCACGCACAAUUUAGGAAUGAUAGUGGUGGAUCGACUACUGUUCCGUAUAAUGGUAAUAAAGAUAUACCAAUUGGUACAUUAAAAGCCAUCGAAAAACAAACUGGUGUGAGUAUUAUAUAG